AGCGCUUUCUGAACCCUUUCCUGAACCGCCCCCUCCUCCAUUCUUCUCCGAGUAGUAAAGGUGCACAGUGAGGCAGGUGGCGUCCGUGUCCGGCUUGGGGUUGAGUCCAGAGGCUGGGUCGAUUUCAGGGAAGUGGCCAUUGAGAUGUGCUGUGGGACCAGAGAUGGGUGGAUCCAUGUCUGUCAGCAGGAUACAGGCCUUGUGCUGUAUAAAACAAACAUCCACCUGUCAGGGGACAAAGGGACAAGACAGAGAAAAAGCACAGAUCGUCAUGUCAAGCUCCACUGACACCCUACGGUUUUGCUUCCCCACGCACGGUGACUCGAUCCUCAGCAAAAUUAACUCUCUAAGAGAGGAACAACGCUUCUGUGAUAUCACACUCCUCCUCGGCCAUCCACAAGGCGCCACUGUCCAGCCUCUCCCCUUCCACGGUCACAGAGCUGUGCUGGCUGCCUCCUCAGACUUCUUACGUGACCAAUUCCUGCUCCAAGAAGGCCUGGCAGAGCUAAGUUUGGGUGUGGUGUCCAGUGUGGAGGUUGGCAAGAGGCUUCUGCUGUCCUGCUACACCGGGUUAUUAGAGGUCCCUGUGAGAGAGCUGGUGAGCUACCUAACUGCUGCCAGUGCGCUCCAGAUGAGCCAGGUGGUGGAGAAGUGCGCUCAGGCCAUCUCCCAGUACCUCAGUCCCACACUUGCUUUCUUGGAACUCGAGAGACGCACAGAGGAGAAAGAAAUCCUGCUGCCAGACAGUGAUUUGCCAAAUAACAGCUUUAAAAAAAAUCAUGAUGAAAGAGAUGCUGCAGAGGAAGGAUGGGUCCCUGUAAAUCUGUCAAAUCCUCAGUUCAGCCAAGAAGUCGAGGGCAGACCGAUGGAGGUCGGAGAGCAAAGGGUGGUUCGAGCCAAAAUAGAUUCAUCUGAAAAUGAAACAUGCUGUAUUAAUACCCUGGAGUCGGAGAAAGGCGGAUACAUCCCUGUUUACUCAAACAAGCCCUCCUAUCAAGACCACCAGGUUACAAGUCCUACAAUGAUUCAAAGUAAUAUAUCAUCCACGUCUGGAGGAAGUUAUAUUAAAAAAGAAGAAUUGGUUGAAACUUCCCAAAACCAAGAUGAAGCAGAGGGAGAGAAAAGAGAAGAGGAGGAAAUGCUUUUGAUGGCAGCUCAACUGCAAGUUUGUGGAGAGCUGAGGGACUCUGGAGCACAUCUGCCAAAGAGUCAAGGUCCUGAAGACGAGCUAACAGAAGAUUCAGACGGCAUUCUGAUCCAGAGGCCGUACCUGUGCAGGAGGUGUGACAGAGUCUUCCAGCACCCGGAGAGCUACGUGGUCCACCUGAAGGAGCAUAAACAGUACUGGUGUUUGGUGUGUGGGAAAGGCUUCUCCCAGAGGAGUAAUCUGACCCGCCACACACACGUUCACACUGGGUUCAAGCCGUUUCGAUGCCCCCUGUGUCACGAGACAUUUUCCCAGAGGGCCACGCUGCAAGACCACCUCAAUCUGCACACAGGGGAUAAACCCCACAAGUGUAGAUACUGUGCUGUGCACUUUGCUCAGAAGCUAGGCCUCAGGCGCCACCUGAAGGACAUCCAUGGUAAGAGUAGCCUGCAAAACAUGCUUGAGGAGGCUGUGGGCUGUUGAAAAAGAAACAGUUUUAGCACAAAUGUUUGUCUUUAUAGUGGUUUGAUUCCAUAUAAAGAAAAUAUUUACAACUACAAAAGGCAUGAUUUUGCUUUAAAUAUAAGUUUUAGUACAAAUGAUCUCGCUCUGCUCCACCAGUGUGUUCAAUCCCACUGACUGCGAUGUAACAUUUGGUCUUUUCAAGAUUGGUUAUUAGGAAAUUUGAUUGUAGUUAUGUUCUUUAAAGUACAAGUUUGACGCUUCUUAAUUUUGUAACAAAUUAAAUGAAUCAUUAUUAUCAUCAGGCUGAUGAAAAGAAGCGAGGGUCCUUAUGUGCCCUCUACAGCGAUUCUAAUCUCUGCCGGUACAAAAUAUUAAAUGAAGUACUUCAGCAUGUAAUCUACAAAUUUCAUUAUGCUUAAUCAUCUGCUAUGUAUAAUAAGCAAUGCAAUCUCAUUCACGGUUCGAUUUUUCCAUUGCCUUCAUAGUGCUCCUCUGUUGCAUCUACAAAAAACGAUUAUGCAUUACCAAGAAGAUAAGCAUGAAUUAACUAUGUAAGCAAUAGGAGAGAUAAUAUUAUGACUGAAAAUGUAAUUACACAUUGAACACUUGUGCAUGUAAAGUCUGGAGACAAUGGUUCACUUAAUGAAAUAAAUUAAAAACAUUUAAACCUUUGAAAGACUGUUACUCAGUCAGUUUGCUGACAGGAUAAACACUGUAUGCAGCCUGUUUCAAAUUGAGGCUAUAGGUUUCACAGACAGCCAAUGGUUCUCCAUUUGACCCGACUGAAAUUAAUCACAGAUCGCUGAGCAUUACAUUUUAAGCGAGUGGUUUCUCCCGCAUGGCAGAGAGGGUUUCCUGUCUCGCUCCAUAGUUUCCCUUCGCAGCUACCUCUUUCUCCAUCGGCCCAGAUAUGCACCAUCUCAGUGAAUGGAACAGUAGUUGUUUCCUUUCCUCAGGGCAUCUGAGGCGCCGCUGGCUUGAUGUGUAAGUAUGUGCGUAGACAAAUGAUUAACACAUGGUGUAUUCAAUGCAGAAAGUAAUGUGACUUUUUGUGUGUGUGAUUAAGCAAGAGAAAAUACAGAAAUAAAGACCAAAUUUACCAAAGCAUGUGUUUCCCCUAGCAUUAAAAUAUAGCUUCCUCCAGUUUGCACAAAAUACAGUAAUGUUUUGAGCAAACUACAGUCAUCCAACUUUCUCAAAUGUAGACAUUUACCAUUUUUUAUGUGAGUCAAUGUCAUCAAAGUUGAAUCAACCAGACAAAGUACUUAAUCUGACAUGGUCCAUGCACACACAGUCACUGUGGAAUUUGGAGCACCUCCAUUAUGAAUGAGUGAGAGAGGUAUAAAAUAGCAGUGAUAGAUACAGAGACAGCGAGGAAAAGAACGAUUAAAGGUGUAAGGAUAUUGAAAAGAACCAUUUUGUUUCAUCUUAAAAUUAAAACGAUUAAGUAUAUACUGUAUGCAUGUCUAUUUACCCUGACAUUUUUAAAGCUUACAACAUUUCAGCAACACUUUUUUUUACUUUUCAGAAGCUGAAUAGCACACAUAAUCCUUAUUAAUAGUGAGAUAGUUAACCAUCUAAGAUAUUAAAUCUAAAAUCUUGUACUACAGAAGCAAACCAUUUGGCAUAUAUUUGGUCAUAAUCAUAUAGAUAUAAAUAUUGCACUGCUUUCUAACUACAUUACAAUAUCUUCUUGGGGCCCCUUUGAUGGGCAUUUCAUUCAACUGCAGUCAAGUUUUCACUAAAAAUCACAAAUGUCAAACUGCUGGAGGCAAUAACAGAAAGAUAGGGCAAAUUAUUUUGAGAGCUUGAAUAUCUGCCAAAACGUUCAUGAUAAUCCAUCCAAACGAUUUUUCAGUCCGAACCAGAUGGACAAGACGGUUAUUAACAAUAUGUCAUUAUGUGGUUAAAUAUAAGCCAAUAGUAGAGCUAUAUGGGUUGUAAGAGUGUAACACAUCCAGAUCAGAGCUGCUAUAGUAGUCGGUGUGUUCACAGCUAUUAUAUUACGUGUAUAAUGGAAAUGACAGGGUGUAAUCAUUGACUAAUAAGGUUUUGUUUACUUUGCUGAAAAAUAACCUCAUCACUCACUAAAUGCAUGUGGUUAGGGGGGAAUUUGGAAAACACUGUCAAAAUCAAGGCUUAUUUUCAAUGAACACUUCAAUGUUACUGCUUGCAGCUGUCCACUUGUCCCAAUAGUUAUUUCCGUUUGUCAUCUGACACACUGACAAAAAGACAGCAAUUGUUCUAAUUCUGUAUUGAACAGUGUCUCUAUUGUAUUAUAACCAGGCCCCUCAAAGCUUCUGUACUGUAUAACUUUAAAUAUUGUAUAAUUAAACACAAGGUUUUAAACAUUCAUGUGUGCUGCAGGAUUAUAUAAAAGUAUUCUGUCCUCCUGAUCUAACUCUUAAUUGCACUGAUGGCUCACUUUGUUUACCCCUCAGUGCAAACAGCUCACUGAAGG